CUGUGAUGUGGGCGGUGGUGGCGCUGGGCGUGUGUGUGUGUGUGAUGGUGUGCGGGGUGCCCGCGCUGGAGAGCCCCACGUACGGCGUCAAGCUGUGCGGCCGCGAGUUCAUCCGCGCCGUCAUCUUCACCUGCGGGGGCUCACGCUGGAAACGCUCACUCAGCAGCACAGACCUCCUCCAGGACUCGCUGGACGUGCUGGAUGAUGACCAGUCCGCUGGCCGCUGGUUGGCCGACGCCGACACGCUUCCUUCCGCCUCACUUCCUGCUGACGCAGCAGGGGCGGAGCCUGGCGAGGAGGUGGCACAGGAUUGGUGGAUGCAUCAUGGGGGCGUGUUCUCCCGCUCGGCCCGCUCGCUGAUCACCAAUGACAUUCUGGAGGCGCUGCGCUCCUCAGACAGGAAGGGGCGGGACGUGGUGGUGGGGCUGUCCAAUGCCUGCUGCAAGUGGGGCUGCAGCAAGAGCGAGAUCAGCUCUCUGUGCUGA